GUAGCUGAUUCACCUCACCCAUCCGUAUCCCACAUGUCUUCCGAAGUGUUCGUCACGUCUCCUGCUCAAUUACCUCAACCGCUGCCAAAACCAGCUCGUAACCAAGUAGCACCACUAAACGGUGACUUACAACCCAUGCCUGCUCCUCGGAAUCUUGACAUCUUUACCGUAGAAGGAUCGAAAGGAAUGUAUACAGUAGCUCCAGAAGCUGCCGGUAUAGAGAAGCAUCUGAGAAGGAUGCGAAGAAUUCAGGAAGGUCUGCGGAGGAGAAAUGAAGAAAUGAAGCUCAACCGAAAGGAGGAAGUUGAGCUUGAAGUACUGUGA